UGCGAAUCAACAGGCAAGGAGCCUCCUAGUCAGUAGCAGCGUCCAAGGAAACUAGCUUCUAGUCCUUCGAAAAAACUAGCCACAUUAGCAUCAAAAUGUCGUUCCUCCUAAUCCUUCUUUUGAGUAUAUUUCGACUCAGAACCUUGCGCUGUGAAAUCCCUGACACCCCAGGAGUGCUAGUGAACUCCGUAGAUGACAACGAGCAACCCGCAGAACUAGAAAUAACCUCACCGAAACCGUAUGACAAAUUUUUGCCAGAUCUAAUUUCGUCCAUCAACAUUGACUACACAAACAACGCAUUGAUCCUUCACUUCCGGAAAGCAGGACAGUUCGGCGACGAGAAGAAAAAGUUGGACAAAAACUUCAUGCGUUUCGGACGAUCAGACUCGGCCCUGAUGCGAUUUGGGAAGCGACAAGUUGAAUUCCUCGAUGCUGACCCAGACUACCAAGGAAGAGGUGGGGACAAUGGAGCCAGAGAUUCUAGGGGUGACAACUUUAUGAGAUUCGGUAGAGCAAAUGGUGAUGGUGGAAAUUUAAUGAGAUUUGGACGACAAUCUCCUCAGGCUUCAGAUCGGACUGAUCGCGGCUCAGACGCAAGCAUGUUUCGUUUUGGGCGUGGUUCCGACAACUCAUUAAUGCGGUUUGGACGAGCUGACCAUGACUUUAUGCGAUUCGGAAGGAACAAUGGAAUGAUGCGAUUCGGACGCUCCGACAGUUUCAUGAGGUUGGGCAGGGCAUCCGUUGAUGACAAGUUCAGGCAAGCCAACGCUAUUGAUCCCUACAUCUCCCGAUAUGGACGCAAUGAUAAAAACUUCAUGCGCUUCGGAAAAUUGGAUCAGAACUUCAUGCGAUUUGGCAAACGUAGUAACCAAGCAGAUGGCGAGAGCGCAGAGCACAAGAAGUCAAUUUCAAAAUCCGAACCUAAUUACUUAGACAACCUAUGGAAGACUGACGAAUUCACCACGGCCGAUUCAAAACUGGACAACGCAGUACAGGACAAGCUGUUUGCAUCGCAGUAGGAACGCAUUCUGAAACUAACUGAACUUGGCAGGCUUCGAACUAUUCAAAUAAAUGUUUAACGCUCUUAUGUGAAUGUCAAAUGGAACUUUAAAUAUAAAUAAGGAUAUGUUUAAUGUAAAUAGUCUCAAAUAACUAACCCAAUGGAACCUUUUGUAUUCUCACAAUGGCUGGAGUGAGAAUAUGCAACGUUUCAUAUGAUCGGAGUAAGAAGUAUAAUAAAUAAUUAUGUAAUACAUACGUGAAUCCAAUAUGUUGUGAACAUAUAUAUAUAUAUCCAAUUUUUUGCAAAUAAUUGGGCUUUUAAUUUUAUACAGCAAAUAAAUUAUAUCUUCUUGAAUGCA